AUGGCAAGCAACAUAGCAGAAAGCGCUGUCGUAUACAAAGCAAUCUGCAUCACAAUAAACUCCACACCAGUUGCUAUAAAAUCCAUAGACUUAGAUCGUUCACGCCCUGACCUCGACGAUGUUCAACGCGAAGAAAAGACAUUAUCACUUCUUUCUCAUCCCAACAUCCUCAAAGCUAUUUGUUCCUUCACAGUCGACCAUCGUCUUUACUCUUUGGGUGGUUAUGCCAUUUAUGACAUGAGUUUCAAAGCUAAUAUUUGGUCUUUUGAUAUUGAUGAUGUUAGUGGUAUUGUGAAGAACCGUGAAGCUACGUUGGCAACUACUGAAACUGUCUUCAAUGCAUUUGAAACAAAAUAUCGAAAUUGA